GGUAUAGUGCACAUUAUGUACCAGAUGCGUAAAUAUACGCGUUUUACUGUAUACACAUCAAUACGAAUAAGUAUAUAAGUGACGCAUGUACAAAGUACGUACAUGAAUACGUUUGAGUACAUGUAUAUACGUUUCAGCCAACUUUUUCUGUGAGAUUCUACACAAGUGCAUGGGCCAUGUGCCACACAAGGUAAAGGGGUGGCAAGGGGAAAGGUGGGACGAGGAAACUACCUGACGUGGUUGUUCUCACUCAGUGAGGACGCCACCAUAGCGACAGAGACCUCGUCGUCUCGAUCGUGCUGAUCGUACUAUCGUACAGUGUGUGCUGCUGCUACCGCUGCCUUUCGUUUCUUUCUUCCUUUUCUAUAUAUUUCCAUCAGUCUGGCCCCGAGCUUCGUAUGGCGUGGGUACCGUCUCGUAAUAUUUCUCGUCAGUACACAUGCGUGCUUGUGGCUAUGUCGUCGUCGUCGUGUCUGUGUUUGAGGGGACGAUAGUGUGUGCAUGUUUAAAAUUGACGAAAUACAGGGAAACUGUGCAAGUUAGCUCUGAGGUUCGACGAUGAAGACGUGAACGUAGCAACGCUAGCGACAAACGCAAUUGAAAGUGUGUGCACAUUCGUGUGACGAGAGUUUGGACUCGAAAAGUCCGUUUUAACAUCGCCUCCUCCCCCGCAUCUCUCUCUACUCCCACGUACGGAACGUACACACGCGCUUCGUCGAAAAAAAAGAGAAAAAGAAUAAAAAGAAGGAAAUACAUUAUUUUUUGCGAACGCUCGUUUUUAUUGCUGUAGCGCGCUCGAUGGACACGUGUGACGCGAAAGUUUAUUCUUUUCGUGGGUGAUUCCUUCUCGGUUGCAACGUGUUUGUUUAAUUUUUUCCUCGAAUUCCGUGUGCGUGUGUGUCUCACUUAUACGAGUUAUCACUCGGUCGCUCUCUUUCUGCUAUUGUAGUCUUGACGGAAACAAGAGAGACAGGGAAAGGAGAGAGAGAGAGAGAGAGAGAGGAGAGAGCCCAGCCUGGUUUUACUAGGGGUCUUCUUGGGUGUCGCGCAGCGCUGUGGUAUUCGACUCGCUCGAGUGAAGCCGAGGUGUGUCGAGAACGAGAGAGCGAGACAGACAGCUUCGAGUAUCCUGUGUCCUCCGUGUAUAUGGCUGUGCGCGAGUGUGUUCUCGGCUAAGUGGUGAAAAAAAAGAAAGAAAAAAAAACAUAUUUACAGAAGAAAUCAUCCGAUUUGAGUGAUAAAUUAGGGGGAAAAUAGACUUUUUAAUAUAUAAAAAGGAAAAACGGUUGGGAAAAAAUUUCAUCUACGAGGAUCGAAGCGCGAUCCUGUGCUCUAACCACCGUCUUUUUUCACCCUCGGAAACCUUUGAAACUCUCCGGAAUUUUUCUCUUGGAAUUUCUUGGAGGGCCGACAAGAAUAUUCCUUCGUGCUGAAUACGAAGACACCGGGAGAGAAAAGGGCGAACGAGAGAGAGAGAGAGAGAGGAGUAGUGCGCGAGGGAGACUUGGGGGGAUAUUCGACACAUGCGAAGCGUCGCGUAAGCGGAGCAAGUGCACGGAGCGACGAUCCCACUGUGCUCAUGUUUCGAUGCACUCGUGGAAACUACCGAUUGAGAAAGAAACUAAAGGCUGAUAUUCAAAAAAACAGCCUUGAAACGGGAAUAACUGACUUUCCGUUCGUUUAUUAUGAGUGCCGAUGUAAUAUUGCACUCGCGCGUUAAAAAAUCGAAUCAUAGACAAUUUUAGUUCCGAAAGAGCAGAAUCUUGAAAAAAAAAAAAAAAAAACGACGCACCACCAAAGCACGAGUUUAACGAGUGAAAAAAAUCGUUCGAACCCGCGUGUCUUGAUAAUCGUGUGAAAAAGUGAGACAAAAAAGACAAUCAAAGACUGAACAAAGCUUAGAAUAAAAAUAAAACUAAAUGCAAAAUCGGCAAGUUAAAAAGCAUAAAUAAUUGCUUUCGAGUUGAAAUAAUGUAUGGAAAGGAAACAUACAUAAAAAAACUAGAUAAUUGAAGAAUAUUAAAUCGUGAAGAUAAAGAGGAAAGAAGAAGAGACCGUUGCGCGAGCAACGGGCCCAUAAUGGAAGAUAGUCAGCUGUUGAUGACUGAACUACCAGGCCUGACGACGGGAACAACAACGACUGCGACGAGAGGCGGGUGCACGACACUGUUGCAGCACAGGUCCGGUCACUAUUAUCAUUUGCAUCAGCCUCACCUAGCUCUCACCGGUUCCUCCGAUAACGGCACGCUGCCGCUUAAGAAUCCAACGCACGCCGGUUGUGUCGGCGAGAAUGGCGGCACAGCCGGCGGCGGCGGGGUCGGCGGAGUCGUGCGUCGUUGCAGCGGUCUCGGGGACAAAGACGGGGAUUACCCGAUCGAGGGAAGCCCGGGGAACGGUUACAACUCGCUCAACUCCCGGGAUCGUUAUUCGAACGGUGGAACAACGGAUCUUUCGAGCUACGAUGGCCAGGGAAUAUCGAGGCUGCUGAAUGAUUUGUGCAAACGAAGCAACUCUACGAGCACCCACAUAUCGUCAUUGUACCCCGAGAUCCUGGCCCUUAUAUUCAGCCACUUGGACGUAAGGGACAAAGGCCGAGCUGCACAGGUCUGCGUCGCUUGGCGCGACGCCGCUUACCACCGUUCCGUCUGGCGGGGAGUCGAGGCACGUUUGCAUCUCAGAAAACAGGCCUACGCACUUUUCGCGAGUUUGGUCAAACGCGGGGUGAAAAGGGUACAAAUAUUGUCGCUGAGACGGGGCCUCGGGGACGUCGUCAAGGGCAUACCCAAUCUCGAGUCUCUCAAUCUUUCCGGGUGCUACAACGUUACCGAUUCGGGCCUCGGUAAUGCCUUGUCCCAGGACUUUCCCUCUCUCACCGAGCUCAAUCUCUCCCUGUGCAAACAAGUUACCGACGACUCCCUCAGCCGGAUAGCCCAGCACCUGAAGAACCUCGAGGCCCUCGAAUUGGGGGGUUGUUGUAAUAUUUCGAAUACGGGGCUGCUCCUGAUCGCAUGGGGACUGAAGAAGCUCAAAAGACUCGAUCUGAGAAGCUGCUGGCACAUCUCGGAUCAGGGGAUCGCUCACGUCGCCGGGCUCAAUCGCGAAACCGCCGAAGGAAACUUGGCCCUGGAGCAUCUCGGACUUCAGGACUGCCAGCGACUGAGCGACGAGGCUCUCAGACACGUUUCCGUUGGAUUGCCGGUCCUCAAGUCAAUAAAUCUCUCGUUCUGCGUAUCCAUCACCGAUUCUGGACUGAGGCAUCUCGCCAAAAUGCCGACCCUCGCCGAGCUCAAUCUUCGCUCCUGCGACAACAUAUCCGACGUUGGAAUGGCUUAUCUCGCGGAAGGCAACAGCCGAAUAUCCUCCCUGGACGUUUCCUUCUGCGAUAAAAUUGGCGACCAGGCCCUCGUCCACGUAUCCCAGGGACUCUUCAAUCUCAAAUCGCUCUCUCUUUCCGCAUGCCAAAUCAGCGACGAGGGCAUUUGCAAAAUAGCUAAAACACUCCACGAUCUUGAAACCCUCAAUAUCGGACAAUGCAGCAGAAUAACCGACAAGGGGUUCAACACCAUUGCCGAGAGCAUGAAACAUCUCAAGUGCAUCGAUCUCUAUGGUUGCAGUAGAAUGACUCCUAGUGGCUUGGAGAGCAUUAUGAAACUGCCCCAGCUUAGUUCGUUGAAUCUUGGCCUGUGGCACGUGCGGUGAUGCGCGCCCCGUUCUCCCCAUCACCGACUUAUCUAAAAACUCUUGAACCCUGUUAAAAGUUAGUUCAACUCCUCUUUUUUUCAACAAACCUUUCUCUUUUGUUUUGCCCUCGGCGGGGUCUAAACAUUCCCGAGAAAUGCUCAUACCUUUUUUCGUUCUUACAUUGCAUUGCACUAAUCGCGCGUGAACUUGGAAUAUUCGAUUAUUCAUCCAUUUUCAUCGGUGCUGAGCUUUAAGUCACUAAGUAGGAUAUUUAACGUUACUUUAGUUUUUUAUUUAACUCCCAAUCCACUCGGAAAUCACGCGUUAAAUACUGUACGGACUCGCUCGUGUGCUCACUGCGAAAGGGCUUGCGAUAACAACUCGUCGUCGUUCUUUUCUCCUUUUCCAACUUUGUUCCUGCGGCUCUGUUGUGUAUGCGCUUGCGACACGGACUCGCGAGCCUUUGGCUUUUUAAGCUUUGGAUUUUUGAGGUUAAAGACGAGAAGGCCCCACGCUCGGUCUUUCACCUGUUACUUCGUUUUCUUUUCUUUUAUUUUCUUUUUUUCCUCCUCAUUAAAGAGAUCUUGAUAAACUCAGGUCGAAAAUAAUUGUAGAAUGAGCUCCAUCAACGUAAAUUAAUUAUCCAAAUAAUAAAAAUAGCUCAGUUUUUUUUUGGCCCAAGCGUGUCGCCCUCUCUCGAUGAAAGGUGUCGCCACGUAUCCGUUUUAAUUUUCGUACCAAAAGCUGGCGAUCUUUUUAUCGAAUAGUCUCGCAACGUGAUCUCGUUGAAACUCAUUUAAUUGGAAACUCUCGUUUCACAAAAGGGGUGUGCGUCGUCGUCGUCGACUACUUGAAAUGGAAAAUUGGGAAAAUUCGUUCGAAACGAAGAAAACGUCAUGAAUAAAUCCUGUUUUUCGUUCCUGGCCAAUUUCGAGCUCGGAAAAUGCCGAACGUCUUUGACUUUCCAUUUCGGGCCAAGACGCGAUCGAGAGUUUUAAAGGAAUUUAACUUUUUUAAUUUUACACAUCUCCGGGACGAGAAAGAGUCCAAUGAGCCCCCAGCGAUAUGAGGCAUAAGGUUUAUCAAGCAUAGGAAAAAAAAUGUAUGUAAACAAUGAUAAUGAUAAGAGUUAUCGAAUUAAUCGUUUCUACCUCGUUUGCAAAUUACCGUUAGUAUUGCAAUUUUCAAUUGUAUCCGCAUAAACAGCCCCAGCCCUUCGUCCCAAGUUCUAAAUUAUCGCGCGAGAAACCCCUCAAUUUUCGGCUCCAACGUUUUCUCCACUCGAAAUGUUUUUUUUUAAUCUCUGUGGCGAAGAUACGAUUGUUUUUAUUUUGUUUUACGAAUGCAAAGCGAAUGAUGCGAUAGUUAUUAUUAUUAUUAUUAUUAUUGAUAAGAUCCGUCUUGCACGGUUUUGUUUGCUCAUAUUUUUUACGAAAAGAAACAAAACAAAAACAACAAAUUGUGAUAAAUCGUCGAAAUUUUCCUGACUCUUCUUUUUUGCUCUCUCGUAUCGUUUUUUGCUUUCAUUUGUCAUCAACUCCGAUUAAUCAUGUUUUCAAUUUCUUUUACUACACUAUUUUCCGACCAUUUUUCAUUGUCUGGUAAAAGAAUUGGUUCUGUCUCGAUGAAAAACUAUUUUAUUGGCGUUAACCAACAUUAGUGUUCUAAUGUUUUUUUUUUUUUGUUUUUUUUUUUCAUACAGAAUUUUCUAAUAAUUCACUCUCACUUAUAAUAUUAUCCAUACCUAAUAUUCGUUGUUUCAUUGUAAUUGUGAUAUAUCGCAAAGAUUCUCUCUCUGGACAUUUUUCUAUACCCCAUUUGUUGAAUUUUUUCAUUCGUUUAAACUGCAUUUCUCAUUAUCUUUUAUAAAAAAAAAUUCAGUAUAUAUUUCCGAGCCAUUGGCGAAUGUUUUGGAGCGAACAACGAAAUUUUCUUGGCAUUAUAAUAUAAUGACGACUUGUGAAUAUUUGAUUGUACAUUAUUGCGGAGUAUGAACGGAAUAUUCUUCACGUUUAUUAUUAUUAUUAUUAUUAUUAUUAUUAGCAUCAUUAUCAAUGCUAUCGAUAUGAUUAUUAAUCUUUAUAUAAUUAUGUUUUAUUUUUCACUAUGGUUUUAUAGUAAUCAAACCUUUAUAAUUAUGAGUUAUUAUUAUUGCUGUCAUAUUAGGUAGUGUGCGAAAGAAAUAGUUGAAUUUCGAGAUAAAGUGUGACGGCGAGCGUCAAAAAUCGCGAUGGCGAUCAAAUCAAAUGGGAAAAUUCCGUUUACGUAAAAAAAAAAGAAUAAAAAAUAAAACGACCAGAUGUGUAAAUGAUUUUGAGUUUGUGGGUUGAAUUUGGAAAGAAUGUCGAAUUGUUGGAACUGCGAUUGAAAUUUGAAAAAGUUGAAUAUUUUUUUUUCUUUUUUUUUUUAGGCAAUAAGGGAAAAACGUUUUAGCAUUAAGAAUUGUUUUUGUUUUUAGAAUAAAGUGGAAAGAAACAAUGGGCGGAUACAAUAUGGAAUGGACACAAAUAAAUUGUGAAAUAGUUCGACUAACGAGGGGAAUAACGAGAAAUAAUAAAAUUUUAUUCACUCUCUCACAUAAAAUUCUUUUUCUUGCAAAGUUGUGUUAAUUUUGUAAAAAAAAAAAAGUGGCCUUACCAAAUAACAAAAAAGAAGAAAAAAUAAAUUUUCGCUUGCUCUUUAAAAGUUAAAAUUUGAGUUGAGCAUCGACAAAUUGGAAAAGCAAAUUUUUUUUUCCUUCCACCGGAAGUGGGCAUUUCCGGAUGAUGCUCUGAUAUGAAAUUCUCCAAAAAGUUGGAUCUUGGAAAAAAAAUUCGAGUGAUCGUGGUACCGGAAAUUUGGAAUCCGACGUGACUUUAUUUAAUUGCUUCUGAAAACCAAACGAUUUAACGUUAUCACUGCUUCGUUGAAUAAAAAAAUAUCGAGGGCGUGAAAAAAAGCGAAUAGAACGGAAAGCGAUGAAUAUUCAGUUGAUUUUUAGAAUGAAUAAAUUUUAGAUAGCAUCGCGAACGAUAGACUGCGUCGGUGAAUGAGAAUGGUUUAGAGAUGGAAGAAGAAAUCGCCCCAGCUCGAUUUUCAUGAUUCCGUAUAAUAAAAUAGCGAAAUUUCGAUUUUUUUUCCAUCCGAUUCUGGUUACGUUUUACUUCCUUUUCCUUUUCAAUUUUGUAAGAGAUAAAUCGCCGUUCGUUGUGAGUUGAACUAACGUGCUGCACGAAUUAACCGAAAAAAAAAAAAAAAAACAUUUUGUUUUUGUUAUUUUUAGAUGAGCUAAUGGAAUAUUGAUAGUUCGUGAUGAAAAAAAAGAAAACCCAAAAUGAAUACGAAUGAAAACAGAGACGAAUCGGGGCAAUGAUAUAUCGACUUGAAUUUUUGUUCAUUUAGAAAAAAAUGUUAGUCAUUUAAGGCACCCUUGAGGAUUUACUCAAAAUAGCAUAUUUACAUAUGCUUUCGAAUGUCACUGAAAAUAAAAUGGCAAUCGAUGACUAAAUGACAUUUGUAGCGUUAAAUAUAUUAAAAAUUCGUGGAAAACAUGGUACUAUUACCGUAUAAUCGAGUGAGCGAAGCAAAUUAAAAUAAUAAUAAUAAUAAUAAUAAUAAUAAUAAUAACAACAACAACAAUGAAUGAAUGAAUAAAUAAAUAGAAAAAAAAAAUAGCAUCGAAAAUGAUAUUUCGAAUGCAUAAAUUCAAUCCUGUAAUAUUUUUUUGUGUACAAUUUCUUGUUGAAAUAUAUUAUUUUCAUAAAUGUCUCA